CUAUGGUGCAUUUAUUUAAAAGUUGACCCAUUCUCUUGUCUACUUAUUAAAUAUCCUUCUCAGAAUGUGUGAUGGGAAGCUUCCACCCAGCCUGCUUUGCAGCUAGCUAUGCUAACUGUGCUAACCGUCUUGAUUCCCAGCGGCCAGCUAACUCAUGGAUUCAAGCCCAUUCUCUGUUCAGACUUGCAACCUUCCUAAAAAGGAAGAGUCUGAAAGCAAAGGUGGCUCUUGUUUGGAGCUAAAUAUAGCAUAAAGAGAUGACCAGUGAUGUUUGCUUUGGUUUUCCCUUCAACCCAGAGAAAGGAACACCUGCUGUGAGGUUCUUGUCCACGAUGCACCGCCGCAGGCGCUGAGGACUGAAGUUCAAUGAGAGUACAGAGUCAGCCAGGGAGCAGCUUGCCCUCCGCCACACGAGAAAUCCCGCAACCGUCGGCUGGACGCGUCUGGAAAGCCCAGCAGCCACCCCCCAACCACCAACAUCCCCAGCCCGCCCCGCCCCGACUCCUCAGUUUCCCGAAGCCCGCAUGGAGGCGCCGACUACCCGGCGACGGUGUGCGCUCGUCGGCUCUCUCACGCUCAGCCUCGGAGGACCUGGGCUGCCGGCGUGGAGACUUCAGCAGGAAGCACUAUGGAUCUGUGGAGCUGCUGAUAUCCAGCGAUGCAGACGGGGCCAUUCAGAGAGCAGGACGCUUCCGCGUGGAGAAUGGCUCCACGGAUGAGCAGAAUUUGGAUUACGCUCCUGGAACCUGGAGGAGAACCGACGUGCACUUGGAAAAUCCAGAGUACCACACCAGAUGGUUCUUUAAAUACUUCCUCGGGAAAGUGCACCAAAACUAUGUGGGCACGGAUGCCGAGAAGAACCCUUUCUACCUGUCGGUGGUCCUGUCUGACCAGAACAACCAGCGUGUUCCGCAGUAUCGAGCCAUCUUGUGGAGGAAAACGGGGACCCUGAAGAUCAGCCUCCCUUACAGCCCCACUAAAACACUAUCGGUCAAGUCCAUCCUCAGCGCGAUGAACAUGGACAGGUUUGAGAGAGGCCCGCGGGAGAUCCUCAACCCUGACAUUCAGAAGGAUCUGCUCGUCUUGGAGGAACAGGAGGGGUCCGUCAACUUUAAAUUUGGCGUCCUGUUUGCCAAAGAUGGACAGCUCACAGACGAUGAGAUGUUCAGCAAUGAAAUGGGGAGCGAGAGCUUCGACAAGUUUCUCAAGCUGCUGGGAGACAGCAUAACCUUGCAGGGAUGGGCGGGUUAUCGUGGAGGCCUUGACACCAAGAACGACACUACAGGGAUCAAGUCCAUCUACACGGUGUAUCAGGGCCAUGAGCUCAUGUUCCACGUGUCCACCAUGUUGCCCUAUUCCAAAGAGAACAAACAACAGGUGGAGCGCAAGCGUCACAUCGGAAACGACAUCGUCACCAUCGUAUUCCAGGAGGGCGAUGAUGCAUCGUCAUCCUUCAAGCCCUCCAUGAUCCGCUCGCACUUCACCCAUAUUUUUGCAUUAGUUCGAUAUAAUUGCCAGACUGACAGUUACAGGUUGAAGUUUUUUUCCGAGGAGAGUGUGCCACUGUUUGGACCGCCUCUGCCGUCGCCGCCAGUCUUUACCGAUCACCAGGAAUUCAGGGACUUUUUAUUAGUCAAAUUAAUCAAUGGAGAGAAAGCCACACUAGAGACGCCAACUUUUGCCCAGAAGCGUCAGCGGACCUUGGACAUGUUGAUCCGCUCGCUCUACCAGGACCUCAUGCCUGACCUGCACAAGGUCCCUUUUUCUCCGCAGAACAUGUUGAACCGCCGCUCUUUCAGCGACGUGCUGCCCGAGUCGCCAAAGUCAGCGCGGAAGAAGGAAGAGGCGCGCCAGGCCGAAUUCGUCAGGAUAGGCCAGGCUCUAAAGCUGAAGACCAUUGUGAGAGGCGACGCCCCCACCAGCCUGGUCACCACCGGCUUGUGCAGAAAAGAGCCGUGGGAGUCGCAGUCGUUCUGCAGCACGUUCCCUCAUGAGGUGGUGUGCGCCGACUCAUGGGGCCAGUCGCUGCUGGUAGCCACCGACGCAGCGGGGGUCUUGCUGCUGGAUGCCUCUGAUCCACCUUCCUCCAGCACAGGUGAGGCUCAGGCUCUCUCGCCACCGUUGCAGGUGUUUGACAAGACGCUGCUAGUGAAGCAGAUGCACAUACUUGAGCCUCAGGACUUGCUCAUCACUCGAGCAGACAAAGGAAAGGACGCUCGGCUGUACGUGUUCCGACUGAGCACUCUCAAGAGAGGCCUAGAGGAGCAGCAGCAAGCCCGCGGCAAGUGCGACAGCCGGGAGAAUAAACUGGAGAAAACUAAAGGUUGCCAUUUGUACUCCAUCAACACACACCACGGCUCGGAGCUGAGGAUCGUGGCGGCCAUCCGGAACAAGCUGCUGCUCAUCACCCGGAAACGCUUCGAAGGCUUUAGCGCUGUCGGGGGGACCGACUCGCCGGUGGAGGAGUUUCAGUACAUACGGGAGAUCUGUUUGUGCGACCCACCCGCCGUGAUGGCACUGGUGGACGGGCCGACGGGCGAGAACGACAACAUGAUAUGCGUGGGCUACAAACAUCAGUUUGAUCUGAUCAACGAGAGCACAGGCGACGCCUACCGGCUGCACCACGUCGAUGCCAACAGGGUCAAUUUUGUGGCGGCUAUGGACGUGUAUGAGGAUGGCGAGGCUGGUCUACUCUUGUGUUACAAUUAUAUUUGCUCGUACAAGAAAGUGUGUCCGUUCAACGGCUCCACGCCCAUGAUCCAGUCCAACACGUCCGACUUCCACUUCAGCUGGAACCAGAUGCCCAACGCUAUUGUGUGCGCCUUCCCGUACAUCCUGGCUUUCACCACAGACUCCAUUGAGAUCCGCCUUGUUGUCAAUGGCAACCUGGUGUACACUGCGGUGGUCCCGGAACUGCAGCUUGCCGCUUCACGGUCGGACAUCUACUUUGUGUCGUCGGCUCCGGUGAGCUCGGCCUCCAACUGCAGUUCCAGGGACACCAGCUCGCAGAGUUCCCCGCAGACGCCCACCAGCUACGAGAUGCCUGUUUUCCCCUCACCCCUCGGGGAUGAUUCUAUACGGAUCCCCUACGGUACCAAGCUUUCGCUGUACACGUCUAAGGACGCCGAAGGUGAGUCAGCGUGCAAGCACAUCUUCAAGAUCCCUUUGUGCAACCUGGUGGGCCGCAGCAUCGAGAGACCCCUCAAGUCGCCGCUGGUCAACAAGGUAUUGGCGGCGGCGACCCCCGCCGCAGUGGCGUGCGCCGCCCCUCUGGUCUCGGCUACGCACUCGCUGUCGCUAUCGCGCAUGGAAAUCAAAGAGAUAGCCAGCCGCACGCGCAAAGAGCUGCUCGGCCUUACAGAAGAACCGAGCAGUAAAUCGGACAGCGGUGCGUCCAAAGCGAGGAAAGCGAGCAAGAAGAACACGGCGGCAGAGGAGCCCAGAGCACGAGCACUCACGUCCACCAACAGUGACAGGUUAGACUCUGAGGCCUGCGAUGCCGACUUGGACGUUGCAUCCAUUUUGGAGGCCGAGCCAGAGACUUUGGUGCUUCGGGCCGACAGUCCGCCACCGCUCGCCAGCGCCUUCGCCCUUGCCGCAUCCUUCGAGGAAGAUGUCCUUGAUCUCAAGUGAAGACAAUCCCGUUGUGCACUUCUCUCAAACAACCACUCCUGUACCCUUUUUACGCUGCUUUUUUUGGGUGAAAUUACAGGAUGAGUCUAAAAUACACCAAACAUAUUAAAAGCACUUUUUUUUAACCCUUUCAGGGUCAGCGGUUACUACACGGCUUAUGUUAUCAGGUUACAGGUUAUGGUUAUUGGUGCACGAAAGGGUUAAAGUAUAUUAUUUCAAUAGUUCAUGAGGGGAAAAAAUUGCAUAAAUUGUGACGUCAUGAUAAAAACA